AUGACUGCACCACCAGCACCUCCUCCUGUUCGCAAGCUUAGCGAUUAUUCGCAGCCAUCCCUGACAGAUUUUCCACAUCUUGCUCCCACACCUAAUCUUGAUGGAGUGCAAUUCGAGAUCAAGCCCCAGUUUAUCACGAUGAUCGAAAGAAAGCAAUUCAGUGGAGCUAAGGAGAGGACAGCUUUGUUAAGGAGUGCAAUCCAAAGUUUUACCCAAGAAGAUGAUGAGAGUUUAUAUGAAGCUUGGGAAAGAUUUAAGGAUUUGCAGAGAGAAUGUCACCAUCAUAAACUAGCACAGUGGCAGAUAAUCCAAGCCUUCUACAAUGGGCUUGGAUAUAAUUCAAGAAUGAUUUUGGACUCUGCAGGUAACGGAAUAUUUAUUAAUUUGGAUGAGAAUAUAGCGAGGAAUGUUGUCGAAGAGAUGGCUAUUCAUAAUUCCCAAUAUGGGAAUCUCAGAGGGUUUGCAAACAAGGGAAAACACCAAGUCAAUUCUAUAUCUUUUUUGCAGACACAAUUGACUUCUAUUAGCCAGAAACUAAACAGUAUUAAAAUUUCUAAUUCAUCUUCCGUUGCUAAUGUUUCUGCUAUUGGUACUAACUCUACAAUAUUUUGUGAAAAUUGUGGUCUUGUAGGUCAUUGGGCACAUGGCUGUAGAAGUUCAAUUGAGAAGAUUAAUGCUUUUCAAACCUAUAAGCAAAUUAGUCCAUACUCUAACACCUACAAUACAGGGUUGAAAAAUAACCAAAAUAUGUCGUACAAUAGUACGAAUGUGCUUAACCCUACACCACAGGAAGCCCUACCAUCACAACCAGUACAAACAACAGAAUACGCAAAUGCAAUUACUCUGAGGAGUGGUUCACACUAUGAUGUGCCUCCUAUUCCCAAAGAUGAUGAACUUGCUACAACAAAAAUUGCUAAUCUUGAUUCUGUUAAACCAAACAAUGUUGUUACUAGUCCUGCAAGGCUACAGGGUAAAACUAACUUUUCUGAUAAUUCUUUGCAGGGUAGACCCCAGGAUAAGAGUGGAGAUGUGCAGGGUCUUGCUAUCAAACUUCCAUUCCCUAAUAGACAUUUAAAGAGUAAGUUGGAUAAGCAAUUUGGUAAGUUUUUAGAGUUUGUGAAGAAUUUGUAG